AUGGUUCAAUUGAGAGAUAAGGCAAGGUUAGUGAUUAAGGGUGAUUCUCAGAAAAAGGGCACAAACUAUUUUGAAACCUUCACUCCAGUUGUCAAGAUCAUAACUGUCAAGUGCCUUCUCACCUUGGCAGUCAAGCAUGGUUGGGUUGUCCACCAGUUAGAUGCCAACAAUGCUUUUCUACAUGGAGAUCUCCAUGAAGAGGUAUACAUGAAAAUCCCUUUGGGCUUGACUGUUGGUCCUUCUUCUUCUGAUCCUCAUUUGGCCUGCAAGUUAAAAAAAUUCCUCUAUGGUCUAAAACAGGCUUCCAGACAAUGGUGUGCAAAGCUCUCACAGUCUCUCCUUUCCAGAGGUUACUCCCCUAGCAAAAAUGACUCUGCUUUGUUCACCAAAAUCACUGUCUCUUCCAUUGUCAUUUUGGUGGUAUAUGUGGCUGAUAUCCUUUUAGCUGGAGAUAAUGGUCAAGAGAUUGCACACUUGAAAGCCUUUUUAGAUCAGCAAUUCAAAAUCAAAGAUCUUGGUUCUAUCCAUUAUUUCCUUGGUCUUGAGGUUUCUCUGGUAGAAUGUGGUUAUGUAGUCCAUCAACACAAGUAUACAACUGACCUUCUAUCUGAAUUUCAUUGUUUGGAUACUAAGCCUGUCACCACUCCUCUUGAUCCCCAGAACAAGCUUCAUAUUGACUCUGGCGAUCCUAUUUCUGAUCCUUCUACCUACAAAAGUUUGAUUGGCAAGCUAAACUUCUUCCAGCACACCAGGCCUAACAUCUCCUUCUCUGUUCAACAUUUGAGUCAGUUCCUGGUGUCUCCUAAAGUUCCUCAUAUGUUGGAUGCACUACAUGUUCUCAGAUAUCUUGCCAAUGACCCUACUCGGGGUAUCUUACUCAGCAGCUCUUCCGAUUUCACACUAAAGGCUUAUUCUGAUUCAGAUUGGGCUGCCUGCCCUAUCUCAAGGAGAUCUGUUACUGGAUAUUUUGUUCUUGGUGAUUCUCCUGUUUCUUGGAAAUCCAAGAAGCAUCCUACCGUUUCCUUAAGUUUUGAUGAAGCUGAAUAUAGAGCAUUGAGACAGGUGGUUGCUGAGGUUUCUUGGCUGCUUAGGCUUCUUGCCAAUAUGGAUUUGUCUAUAACUUCUCCAAUUUCUAUUUUUUGUGAUAGUCAGGCUACUAUGCAUAUUGCUAGAAAUCCAGUUUUUCAUAAGCGCACCAAACACAUUUAA